AUGGCCAACCAAGCCAGCGCUCGACUAAUGGCAGAGCAGCGCCGCUUGAUUGAAGACUAUCGCAUCAGGUUCGAAGGUCCCCUUCUCAGCUCCCAAUGGCCCACGCGGUAUCGUAAGAUUUUUCGGAAGUUCCGUGAAAUUGAAAGCGUAAAAUACGAACAAUACCGAUCAAGCCUAGACUCUUCUCCACAACGAGUCCAGAGAGUUCGAACCUUAAAUCGAGUCCAUACUUUGAUACGAGCGGCCCAGGACUGUCGCAAGUCAUCUCUGCAUGAGGAGCAGUGGCGGAGAUCGACGGAGGCGCACUUGCUGCAGCAUUUUGAUGAGGACAUUGAAUGUCAUUCUUGCAAGAAACCUCUUUGGGUUGCCGAGUUUCCAGCUCUUGGAGAGGCCGAUACAAGGGCACUGUGUUUUUGCAACCCAUUUGAAACGAUCCGUGGUGAGGUGGCGAACGAAUCCCAGCCCUUCGUGACUCGAGUCGGAAUACCAUUCGUGGACCCCUCUGUGCCCAGUGAGAUCGGAGUUAAAAAGCCAGAUACUGUUAUCGGGCUGCGGAGAUGCGCACGGAUAAAGGAUCUCCUCAGAAAGCAUGAAAGUCUACCAUACAGCCCCUAUCAGGAAGAUCGAGGCAUUCUAUUUCCCUUUCUUGUGUUGGAGGCGAAGUCGGAAAUAGGGGGGCCAGGAUUCCACGCCGUCGAGACCCAGACUGCAUUCCCCAUCAGAACCCUUAUCAACCUUCAGAAGACGUUGAGUGAAAGAACUGGAAUUGAGAGAGAUCCAUUGGUGUGGUUUUUAGCUUACCAGGGCGAUGUUUGGAAGUUACAACUUAUUGUUGACUUUAUAUACUACUGGGCGUUAGAUAUAUACAAGGAAGAGAUAAUCAGCUGUCUUUCGUCGAGCGGAACAAGACAUCACGAAUACGAAUCUCCGUCAAUCACUGCGGGUUUAAAUUCCGUUCAUGAUUCGGACAGCUUCACCUAUGUCAAUGGCUCAUUCAUCGAUGGCCAGAACAAUUCAUCCUCGUCCAUUCAAAUUCCAGUCACUGAUGGUGAUGAUACCCUCAACAUCAAAUCAACAUUGUCUAUUUCGUCAGAUGAUGUGACAAUGGGAGGCACUAACCCGGCAUCAGGCAACAUUCUGGCACCUUGGGCGACGGAAGGGCUACUCCAUGAUAUUCGAGACACUUCGGUGAUCCGGAGCGCAGAUAAAGUCUUCUUCACCUUUCAUCAUUUGAUGAUCCCCGAAGCCACAUCGGAUGCUCUCUUGAUUCUCACCUCGAUCGCCUUAAUGGAGAGUCCAGCCGAAACUGCGAAAAGCCUGCUGAAUAAUUUCUGCAUUGAGCAUCCAGUGAUUGUGGACAACGUGUUUCUGUAUCAGAUGGAGGAAAUCUGGACAGGGGCACCUAGUCAGCAUGAUCGGCCUACAGACUGGCAGCUUGUGCGGAGCAUUUCCUGUGUUACGGCAUCCAUACGCGCUAUCAACACAUUGGGCAGCAUUGCAUUCGAUGGAUUCGACUCUAUAAUAACCGAGUCACCAACUCUUACACCGUACCUUACAGCAAACGUAGUGCAGCCACUGCGCACUCUCUUCGGCAUGGAAUCAGCCGCCGCGGCGGCCCAGGCUCUUUCUCUAUGUCUAUAUCAACACAAAGAAGGAAGCAUCCGGUGUGACUGGAAGCAGGCACUGGAGGCCGGAAAAUAUGUAGAUCGAGUCUGGAAGGCGCUGGAUGCUAACACCCCCAGUAUCUCUUUCGAGCACAUGAGGGAGAAAAUUCUACAGGUUCUUUCCAACGGUAGUGUCUAUCAGGUUAGUGGACGUGGGGUGCAGGAGGCCGACCGUGCAGGUAUUAAAGCUUGGGCAGAGAGCCUGGUCGGGGAAGUAGCCACUAAUAUUCUAUGA